GGGCAGUGAGGACUGGCCAAGAUGGGCAACGCCUGGGCCUUCCUCUGGGAACUGGUGCAGCAUCGCCACCUCCUUCUGAUGAUCCUGGUUUUGGGGCUCGGGGGGAACCUCCUCAUCGGCUUCCAGGUCUCUGCCAUUGCCUACCCUUCCCAGGACAUCAAGAGGUUCCUCAACGCCUCGUGGGUCCGGCGGCACAGAGCCCCCCUCGCACCCGAGACCCUCACCCUCCUCUGGUCCUCCAUCGUCUCCAUCUAUUGCCUUGGGGGCUUCCUUGGGGGCCUCUGGAGCGGGACCCUCAUCCCCAGACAUGGAAAGUGAGCACCAUGGACCCUGAAGCAAGUCCC